AUGGCUGUCGACAAUACCGUUGUUCAAAGCUGCUUGGCUAACAUCAGACAGCAAUCUCAACUUAUGAAAGAAAACUUAUCCAAAGGAUCUCUCCUACCGGCAUUGAAACAUUGCUCUAACUUUUUGAACGAAUUGAGGACUAGCCAAUUGACUCCAAAGCAGUAUUACGAAUUGUACAUUGCCGUGUACGAUGCCUUGGAAAUCCUUUCCAAUUUCUUACUUCAGUCUUAUAAGUCUAAGCUGGCGAAGAACAAGGACACUACUUUCUUGACCGAUUUGUAUGAGUUGGUGCAGUAUUCGGGCAAUAUUGUUCCCAGGUUGUACAUGAUGAUCUCUGUUGGCACUACUUGUAUGUCAAUAAAGGGUCCUGAAACUAAAGAAAUUAUGAAGGACUUGAUUGAAAUGUGCCGUGGUGUUCAGCACCCAAUAAGAGGCUUGUUUUUGCGUAAUUAUUUGACACAGAGGGCAAAAGACUACUUCCCGUUAUCUAGCGAGGAAGAUCUCGAGGAGACAGUUGAUUUUUUGAUCACCAAUUUCAUUGAAAUGAACAAACUCUGGGUCCGUUUGCAGCAUCAAGGCCACUCCAGUGAGCGCGAGUUGCGGUAUCAGGAGAGAAAGGAAUUAAAAAUCCUUGUCGGCUCCAAUUUAGUUCGUCUUUCGCAAGUGAUUGAUGAUUUUCAGGGGGGAGAAAAUUAUUCUAGUGAAGAGUUCUAUAAGGAAAGAAUCUUUCCUGCGAUUACAGAACAAGUAAUUGAAUGUCGGGAUCAUCUCGCACAGAGUUACUUGAUUGAUGUGAUCAUUCAGAUUUUCCCAGACGAAUUCCACUUCCUCACUUUAAACAGUUUGCUUAACGAUGUCUUUCUCCACUCACAUCCAUUGUUAAAAAAAUCUGAACUUGUGACAACUUUAGUGGAUCGCUUUGUUACCAAUCAUAAGUAUGAAGAAGAUUUGGUUUCUGUUGAGAAUUCGACUAGUCAAGUGAAUUUGGAUGACAACCAAAAUACUAAAAAGCAACCGGCAUCUCAGAAUUCAAUUUCAAUGACAGAAGUUUUUCAGUCCUUUUGGGACUUUUAUCUCAACUUACAAUCUUCUCAACCAGAAUUGCCACCUAGCGAGUUCAUAUCCAUUUUGCAGAGUCUUAUGAAACUUUCCUUAACUUAUGAUCCUGAAAAUUAUGAGAAUCUUGACAAGAUCUAUCUGUUUGCCAAUGACAAGUUAUCAGAGCACACACUGAAGAGUGCUGAUCAUGAAGAUGACAAAUCCGCACAAGGCUUGUGGUUGGACUUGUUAAUCACACCGGUGAGAUAUUUUUCAUCAGUCAAAAGCUUGAUCAAGCUAUCCUUCUUUCAUGAACUCUUUUCCAAGUUCUCUGAUGUGAAAUUACAGAAACAGCUCGCAGUGGAGAUCGUUGAUAAGCUUUUAGAGGAAGCUGAUGGUGACUCUACGAACCAAACCUACGACAAUGCGGAGAAUAUUGAUGAUGUAUUUAAGUACAUUCUCGUCCUCAUCCAGGAAACGGAUGAUAGCUUGAACACUGCCAAAGAUUUGGGCGUUACUGAAUCAAUCAAGGUGGAUGGCAAGGAAAAAUAUGUAUCAGCUUCAUUUCUCGAGACACAGGAGAAGAUUUGUAAGACUCUCCAUUUGAUAGAAAGCCCCGACAUCUUCAAGAACUUGUCAAUUUUACUUCAUGUGAAGAAGAGAUAUUUGAACAAGAAUAUGGCCAACAUCAUCUACACGUACCCUACUUUGAUCACAAAGAUGACUAAUAAGCUCAGAAUUGCAGGUUACCAAUCAUUGAGAGCAACCAAGGAUGGUUCAGAUCAGACUGAUUUGCUUAUAACAAGCAACUUCAAGAACAUCUCGAUCAUCAUAGAUGAAUUGUAUCAGCAUCACCAUGCUUUCCAUUCAGAGCUCAUUCUUAAACUCUAUUUGAACUUAGCUACUGUUGCUGACCAGUUGCAACAGGAGACAAUUGCAUAUGAGUUGUUCACGCAAUGUUUUGUGAUAUACGAGGAGAAUUUAGUGCUCAAUACGCUGCAGAACCAAAUGCACAAUCCGCAUGAGUCAAUGGGUGGUUCCGUAUCAUACCAGGCUAUUGUGAUGAUUGCUAAUCGCUUGGCGACGCUGAGGUAUUUCAACAAGGAAAACUACGAAAGUUUAAUCACAAAGAUCACGUUAUACGGGUCCAAAUUAUUGAAGAAGCAGGACCAGUGCAGGUCAGUGUACUAUUGUGCGCAUUUGUGGUGGUGGUGUGAUCUUUGGAUCGACGGACCAUCUCCCACUUUGGGAACAGAUGCCAUAGAUGACGGAGAAAAGAGUAAAGCACAUAGCGAGGAACAAAAGCCUACUGAAGAUGCUACAGACUCUGCCGAGAAGCCUGAAAACCUGAGUAACCCUGAAAGCUCGUCUGACGAUUCUGGAGAGAAGAAAGCUGAGAGCGAUGAUGCUACAGUGCAGGGUAAUACCCAAAUGUUGUAUCGCGAGCCUAAACGGGUGUUGGAAUGUCUCCAGAAAGCGCUCCGAGUCGCCGAUUCUUGUAUGGAUCCAUAUUUACUGUUGAAGCUAUUCGUGGAGAUCUUGAACCGAAGCCUUAUUUUCAAUGUCUAUGGCAAUUGGCUUGUGGAUCUGAAAUAUAUCAAUGGCUUGAUAGAUUUGAUCCGCACUAACAUUGCAAACUUCAGAGAUGAAGCCGCACGUGAUGAAGAUGACCACGAGACUCGUCUACUUAGGCAUAUUGAAGAGUAUUUAAAGCGCACUUUGGUUUAUGUGCAGCUGCAGCAGAUGUCCGAAGAUCGCUUUAAUAACGUGGUGGUGUAA